AUUUUGUCUCUUUUUUUUCAAAAUCUUAGAUAUCCUAGUGAAAUUUCGAUAUGACAAAUUCUAAAGGUUAUAGACGAGGAACAAGGUAUUUAUUCGCUAAAAGAUUUGGUAAAAAAGGGGUAGAACCUUUAUCAACCUUUUUGCAUGUUUAUAAAAUUGGUCAAUAUGUCGAUAUUAAAUGCAAUGGAGCUUUUCACAAAGGAAUGCCUCACAAAUCAUACCAUGGUAGAACUGGAAAAGUGUUUAAUGUUACUCAACAUGCUUUAGGUGUAAUUGUUAAUAAAAGAGUAAAAGGUCGAAUUUUGCCCAAAAAGAUUAAUAUUAGAGUUGAACAUGUUAAACAUUCAGAUUGCAGAAAAGAUUUUCUGGAACGAUUACAUCGUAAUGAAAAAUUAAAAAAGGAAGCCAAAGAGAAAAAUAUCAAAAUUUGUUUAAAAAGACAACCAGUGCAACCACGAGUAGGUCAUUUGGUAAAAACUAAAAAUACACCUUUAGAAGUUUUAGAACCAAUACCUUAUGAAUUUCUGGCAUAACAUGUUAAAUAUUAUGUAUGGAUUAAUAAAUUAGCUAUGGUCUGAUUUGAUCUUAUAUUAAUUAUACAUCUAAAAAUAAGUUACACUAUAGUGCAUUGUCUAUUAAAAUAUC